CAAUCUCUUUCCCCUACUCCUCUCUCUCUCCCUCUGCCAGUCUUCCUCUCUAAAUCCCACCUUCCAGCUCUGUCGUCCCCCUGUGCCCUCCUGGAGCUCACACAGACCUUCUCACUUAAGAGAUGCUAUCGCUUCUCUGCCAUUCCCUGCUACUCGUCCUUGCUCAACAGGUCUUCAGCCGGGCUCAGAACAAUGGGCAGCUGGCCCCUGGAGACGGGCGGGCUGCGGCUGAGAGGCGGCAGUUCUGCCAGUGGCCCUGCAAUUGUCGGGAGAGACCCCACUGCGCCCCGGGAGUGAGCUCCGUCCUGGACGGGUGUGGCUGCUGCAAGAGCUGCGCCAGGCAGAUCGGAGAGCCGUGCAACGAGAGGGACGUCUGUGAUCCCCACAAGAGCAUGUACUGUGACUUCUCAGCGGACCAGCCACGAUAUGAGGUUGGAGUGUGUGCAUACCUGAUGGCAGUAGGCUGUGACCUGAAUGGGGCCCACUAUGAGAACGGAGAAGGUUUCCAGCCCAGCCCCCUCUAUAGGUGCACAUGUAUUGCUGGAGCUAUCGGCUGUACCCCUGCUUUCAUCCAGAAGCCUGCAGAACUCAUAGGCCCCGUCUCACUCAUGGGAAACAUGCCAGCCGGCCUUCGCAGUGGCCAGAGUCCAAAGAAGAACCAGCAGGGCACUACCUACAUGUCAGCUUACAGGGAUCCUCCUUUAGCCUGGAAGAAGAACUGUUUGAUCCAGACCACCCCCUGGAGCCCCUGCUCCAAAACCUGCGGCCUGGGCAUCUCAUCGCGUGUCAACAACGAUAACGGCAAAUGUGAGAUGAGGAAGGACCGGCGCCUGUGUCUGCUGCGACCAUGUGAUAAAAGCGUGAUGAAGAGUGUUAAGGCGCCAAAGGGAAAGACAUGCCGGCCUAAAUUUCAAGCAAAGAAGGCGGAGAAGCUGACCCUCUCGGGCUGUACCAGCACCAAGAAGUUUAAGCCCACGUACUGCGGCGUCUGCACAGACAAGCGCUGCUGUGUCCCCAACAAGUCCCGCAUGAACAAGGUCAACUUCACCUGCAAGGGAGGCACCAGCACACAGUGGAAGAUGCAGUGGAUAACGUCCUGCGUGUGCCAGAGGAAGUGCAACGAUCCUGGUGACAUGUUUUCUGACCUGAGGUUACUCUAACUUAUGGAACCUUCCAAAGAGUUCAG